AUCAGUGUUUACUGAAGUUUGAUAGAAACCUGUGAAUUCAUAAAAGUUAACACUGGGAUCUUUUUCAGUAAUACGGACUUCCAAGUGUUUUUAAUUGCAUUUAUAUCAUCUCACUUGUUCCCCUCCUCGUUUGGUUUGACUUUUCUUCCUAGUCCUAUCUUUGUGUACUGAUCAAAUGCCCAAGAACAAGCUGACAAUUCCUUUGAUCGAGUUUUUAAAAAACCGAAUCUAUCUCGGGGCAUACGACCAUACUCCUGAUGAUACUGCUCAGCUUGUGUACUUUACUGUCGAAGAAGCAUUGCCUUAUAAUUCCUUCCACUUGGAUUUCGGUCCUUUGAACAUCGGUAGUCUCUACCGAUUCGCUGUAAUUUUGCAUAAUAUCUUAAAUGAAGAGGCCAACCAAGGCAAAGCCAUUGUGUUCUAUAGUACCACCGGUCCUAAAGAAAGAGCUAACGCGGCCUGCUUAUUGUCUUGUUACAUGGUAUUGAUCCAAUCUUGGUCCCCACACCAGGUGCUCCAGCCCAUAGCUCAAAUUGACCCGCCCUUACAAGGAUUCCGUGAUGCAGGUUACUCUUCCGCCGAUUUUGAAAUCACCAUUCAAGACGUGGUUUAUGGAAUGUGGAGAGCAAAAGAGAGAGGCAUGAUUGACCUUACUUCCUUCAACUUGGAAGAGUACGAGCAAUACGAGAGGGUUGACCAAGGGGAUUUCAAUAUGGUAUCGAAGGACUUUGUGGCUUUUGCAUCACCUCAGCAAAAUCAUAGAAAGUCUGGUUCUUUAAAUGAACCGUUCAAAAAAGUAUUGAAUUUCUUCUUGAAAAAUGAUGUUCAGUUGGCAGUCCGGUUAAACUCACAUCUUUACGAUGCCAACGAGUUUACCAAGAGAGGUAUCCAGCAUAUUGAUAUGAUCUUCGAUGAUGGAACCUGUCCAACAUUGGAAUAUGUCCAAAAGUUCAUUGGAGCUGCUGAAUGCAUAAUAAACAGAGGUGGGAAAAUUGCAGUCCAUUGUAAGGCUGGUUUAGGUAGAACUGGAUGCUUAAUUGGUGCCCAUUUAAUUUACACCCACGGAUUCACUGCAAAUGAAUGUAUCGGAUACAUGAGAAUGAUUCGUCCUGGUAUGGUUGUUGGUCCCCAGCAGCACUGGCUUUAUUUGCAUCAAAAUGAUUUCCGGGACUGGAGACACACCAUGUGUUUGGACAACAGACCCGACAGUUUCAUUGGUGGAUUAUUCCCGUUGGUGCCAUACGAUGAAUUCAAGUCUAGAGUUAGACAAGAAGCCAAGCAGAGAAAGUUGCAAAAUCAACAAAGUUUGAACUCUUCAGUUGGCCACAUAGACUCCUCAUUCCAAACCCCAAUUAGAAGAAGAAAGAUCAGUGGAGCAUUAGCGGCCAAAAUCCAAACGGCAGUCCCCCAAGAGUCACCUGGUCAACCAAGAAAGAUCAAUGAGGAAAACUCUGGCGUGGUUGAGAUCUUCAAUAACUCCGAUGAUGAAGAGUUUAUUGAACAUCCCACUGACCACAUGCAAGAUGUCCAAGUCCCAAAUAGGACUGGUACCGAGAUCGAAUUGUCUGCUAAUGAUAUGAAUGAUGAUAUUAGAAGUUCUCCGAAUAGAGAUGCGUUGAGAUCCAUAUCUGCCAACCAGCAUUAUCACACAGCCCUGCAAAUAACCAAAACCACCACCAAGGCUAGAACCAUCAGUGGGUUCUCAUCAUCACCCCAAAACCAAACCCAAACCCAUUCAUCUCCCUUGAUCAAGAACAAAUCAAGAUCACCUUCCAGAAUUGGAUCGGGAAUCACCCAGUCAAGGUAUGCCAACGCUAGUCCUGUUCGAGUGAUUUCGAAUGGAGGUGUAAGGAAAGUUAGUGGAUCUAGAAAAUACUAACCGGUCCUUUGCCUACCGCCAUUUCCAAUUCUCUAUUGUAUUACUUAUUGUUAUGUCACACGAAAAAAAGAUCUUAUAAUUAUACUAGCAUAGACGUAAAUAUACUGACUAUUCUUCAUAAGCAGCUUCCACUACGUUGAAAGGUUCACCGUCUACGGCAAAUGCAAGGAUAUCAUAAUCGUUGAAUUCUAUUGUUGACAAAAUCGUAUCAUCCACUGUCACCCAGUCAUUUGAAUACGGUGAAGUUUUGUCCCUGGGAAGCCCAAUAGCCAAUUCACCCGCUUUGACUAUUCUGGUUUGUGGUGGUGGUGAGUCUUUCAUGAUCGCGUCUUUAAUAUCGGUUUCCCCUGUUUCCUCUUCUUCGUCUAUAAACUCAGACUUGGGAACUUUGAUGUCGUCUUCAUCUUCCAUCAUGGGUUCAUCUUCCGAGAGUGUCAACCCACCUGAGUUGUUGAUGAUAUCGAGAAGGCGAUUUUGGAGGGUUUGGAAUGAUUUGGUGGAAAACUCUAUAGGAACCACAUACGUGCUCUUGCCUCUUUUGAAUUUCAAUAUGGUCACCUGCUUCCGUUUAUCAACGAGUUUGGGAGGCUAUAUGUGUUAGAAAUGAAUAUCAGAGCAUUAGAUACAAUAUACUUACCAUCUUUAGAUGAUAA